GAGGGGUCUGUAAUGGCGGCAGCGGCGGGACUGUGUAUGAGGAGCAGUCGCGAGCUAUGGACGAUAUUAGUGGGAAGGUCAGCGCUAAGAGAUUCUGCUCAGAUUGAAGCUGAAUUGGAUCAGCAUUGUGAUCGGUUACUGGCUGGACUUUCUUUUUACAAGCCUCCCAGUGUAUCUUCUGCUGAUAAACUAAAGGCUGAUAAGGAAGUGGUGGCUUCAUUGAAGGAACUUGGAUUACGGAUCAGCAAAUUCUUGAGUUUGGAUGAGCAGCAGAGCGUUCAAAUAUUACAGUCAUAUCUUCAAGAGGAUUACAGGGGCACAAAGGAUUCAAUAAAGGUAGUUUUGCAGGAUGAGCGACAAAGCCAAACACUGCAGCUUAAGAUUGCAGAAUACUAUUAUGAAGAACGACUCUAUACACUACGCUGUGUUCUCUACCUACUCACAUAUUUUCAAGAUGAGCGACAUCCUUACAGGGCAGAAUACUCAAAAUGUGUGGACAAGCUGGAGAAGGAACUGGUUACGAAUUAUCGGAAGCAGUUUGAGGAAUUGUUCAGAACUGAAGCUCCAACUUGGGAAUCUCAUGGGAAUCUAAUGACUGAACGUCAGGUGUCUCGUUGGUUCCUGCAAUGCCUGAGGGAGCAAGCUCUUAUUUUAGAGAUUAUCUUCCUAUAUUACGCCUAUUUUGAAAUGGGACCAGAAGAUCUCUUGGCUUUUGCAAGAAUAUUUAAAGAGCAAGGAUUUGGAGCACGGCAAACAAACCGACACCUUGUCGAUGAAAGCAUGGAUGGACUAGUUGAUCGCAUUGGGUAUUUCAGUGCAUUGAUCCUAGUCGAGGCAAUGGACAUUGAUUUCCUACAUAAAUGUGCUCUUGAGGAUAGUGUAGACCGACAUCAGUUUGCUAAUGCUCGAGAGGUUUGCCAGGAGAUGGAUAAGCUGCUGUUGACGUUGGGGGACAUCCCACACCAUGCUCCAGUGCUGCUGUCCUGGGCUCUUCUGCGUCAUACUUUGUGCCUGGAUGAAUCAAGUCAUGUAAUCAGGCGCUUAGGGAGCAUCGCUAUUCAACAGAAUGCCUUUCAGUGCAUGACAGAGAUGCUUAAGGCACUUGGCAGUGGAGGAAACAAUUGUACAGCAAGUACUGCACGAAUGUGCAUCUAUGGACUUCUCUCAUUUGUCUUAACAUCUUUUGAGGAAGAAACUUUGGGAGAUCAACAGCACUUGAUUAACCUAGCCUGUGAGGUGUUUGCAGCCCCAAGUCUGGCAGAACUUUUUUGGGAUACUGAACCCACAACUGGUCUUGCUGUCUUGUUGGACAACAAUUGUGGAAUGUUCCCACAGUCUAUGGCACCACUGCUGCAGCUGCUGUCGGCACUUAUAUCGGACAAAAGCACAGCUAAAAAGGUUUACAGCUUUUUGGACAAAAUGUCUUGUUAUACAGAAUUAUACAAGCUCAAACCAAAUGAUAUACUUUCACACGAGGAUGAAACCCAGUGGAGAAGGCAAGCACCAAAACUACUUUAUCCUCUUGGAUCUGGAAAGGCCAAUAUACGUAUGCCACAGGGUACCUAUGGAACUGUGAUGCCUACAGCUCAGGGUUACCUUGUGCGUUGGCAUUACUCGUACAGUGCCUGGACAAUUUUCACUUGUGAGAUUGAAAUGCUGCUCCAUGUAGUUUCUACAGCAGAUGUUCUCCUUCAUUGCCAAAAGGUCAAACCUAUCAUUGAUGUGGUACAUAAAAUCGUCAGCGUAGAUUGGUCCAUUACAGAUUGUCUGCUGCCGAUCACUUCACGUUUAUACAUGUUAAUUCAGAGGCUUAGUUCCGUUAUGAACCCUCCAAUGGAAGUGAUUGCUUCUUGCGUAAAUACCUUAACUGUUCUGGCCACACGGAUGCCAGCCAAGGUAUGGUCAGAUCUUCAGCACACAGGCUUCUUACCAUACUCUGUGACACAAAUCACUGGAAUUGUGCAAUCUAUGAGGGCUGAAGGGAUGCAAGCUGGUAGCUAUGGUAAUCUUCUGCUGAGUAUUGAGAGACCACAGGGUGAAUAUAGUGUCACAAGAGCAUUUCUGCAGCUGGUUAUAACACUGGUCAAGGGACAACUGGGAAGUACACAGAGUCUAGGUCUUAUGCCUUGUGUGGUCUUUGUCUUGAAAGAGUUGCUGCCGACCUACCAUAAAUGGCGUUAUAACGUCUAUGGCAUGCGAGAAGAAAUUGGUUGCCUGAUUCUUGAGCUUAUUUAUACCAUCUUGAAUCUGAACCCUGAAGAGGCAUCGCAAGGCAGUCCUCUCAGUCUUCAGACUCUGUGUAUCCAUUGUUUGGCAAACACAGAAGCAGGACAAGCCAUCGUAAAUAUUAUGGCUAUUGGGGUGGACACAAUUGAUACAGUAAUGGCAGCACAGCCCAACAGCAGCGGAUCUGAAGGAUCAGGUCAGACUCUCACUCAGACCGUGAAACUGGCAUUUUCUAUAACGAACAAUGUCAUCAAACUGAAGCCAUCAUCAGAAGUGAUCUCACCACUGGAACAGGCUCUGACUCAACAUGGUACCCAUGGUAAUAACUUAAUAGCAGUUUUGGCAAAAUAUAUUUACCAUAGGCAUGAUCCUGCAUUGCCACGUCUUGCCAUUCAGCUGCUGAAGAGACUUGCAAUGGUGGCUCCAAUGUCAGUUUAUGCUUGUCUUGGAAGUGAUGCUGCUGCAAUACGUGAUGCAUUUCUUAAUAGACUGCAGAGCAAGACAGAGGACAUGCGUAUUAAGGUGAUGAUCCUGGAGUUUUUGACUGUCGCAGUGGAAACCCAGCCAGGUUUGAUUGAACUCUUUCUCAAUCUGGAAGUGAAAGAUGGUGCAGUUGGAUCAAAGGAGUUUAUCUUGGGAGAAUGGAGCUGUCUGCAGGUAGUACUGGAAUUUAUUGACUCCAAGCAACAUGGAAAAUAUUGGUGUCCUCCUCUUAUCCAUCGUGCAGCCAUUGCUUUUCUGCAUGCCUUGUGGCAGGACCGCAGGGACAGUGCCAUGACUGUUUUACGAACCAAGGAUCGAUUUUGGGAAAAUUUGACAUCUGUGCUGUUUGGAGAGUUGCCAGCACCCUCUGACAUUACAGAGAAGAGUGUCCUCGAAACCUGUGCCUUCACUCUGAAGAUAAUCUGCCUGGAAAUAUACUAUGUUGUCAGAGGUUCUCUGGACCAGACUCUAAAGAACACAUUGAAAAUGUUCUUUGAUAAGAAACGAUAUGAAUAUUGGUCUGAAUAUAUCAAGUCUCUUGUCAUCUAUAUGACGGAAGCAGAUACUGAUGGAGCCUCAACAUUUCUCGAAUUCCAAAAGUUGAUCUCAGCAUGGAGAAUGUUUCUUGUUCUGGCUACCAGCUACGAGGAGGUGAUGCAUCUUUGUGAUUGUUCACUCCGGCUGCAAUUACUACAUGAUGUUCUUGAAACAACCAAAGUUUUGCUGACAGUUACCUCAUCUGCUUCAUGCCUGCGAAUGGGAUCAAUGCUCGCAACACUGCUUUUAAUCCUGCUGAAACAGUGGAAAAGCACAAUUGUUAAUUUAUCUAAAAUCCUGGACCCUUUGGAUCAAAUUCUAGAGAGCCUCUCACAGAGCAACCAGUACUUCAUGGAGAAGACAAAAGCAAAAAUAUAUUCUGCUAUCAUAAUUGCACUUCAGAUCAAGCAACUACGAGUUAGUGACUUCCCUCAGUAUUCUCAAAUGCUGCUAACUGUGUGUGAGACCAUACAUAAUGAAGCGAUUGUUCUACUGGACCAAACACAUCAUGCACUGACAACUGAUGCUGGCUUAUUUGAUGACAAAGAUAGUAUGGAAACAGAUUGUGCCCCACGAUUACAACACAAGGACCAGAAGGAUGGGGUAUGUGUGCUAGCUCUCUAUCUUGCAAAGGAACUCUGUGAAAUGGAUGAGAGUGGUGAUCAUUUAAUUUCCAUCACUCGGAAGGUUCCAUUUCUUCCUGCAAUGCUUAGCACCUUGGAGCUCAGUCUUCGAGUCAAACAGAAUUUACAUUUCGCAGAGGCGUCACUGCACUUGCUUUUAGGCCUGGCCAAGACUCAACAAGGAGCGGCUGCAGUGGGAGGAGCUGGAGUUCUUCAAAGCAUCUGUCUGCCACUUCUCAGUGUAUAUCAACUCAGUACCAAUGGCACCACUCAGACUUUGGGAUCUUCCCGAAAAUCUUUGGAUGCUCCCUCGUGGCCAGGUGUGUAUCGACUCACGAUGUCACUGAUGGAAAGACUUUUAAAAUCACUACGCUACAACUUCCUUACAGAAUCGUUAGACUUUGUUGGGGUCCAUCAAGAGCGGAUACUUCAGUGUUUGGAUGCAGUUCGAAAGGUGCAGAGCUUGGCUUGCCUCGAUGAAGUUGAUCACACAGUUGGGUUUCUUCUUCAACUUUCCAACUUCAUCAAAGAGUGGCGGUUUCAUCUGCCACAACUGCUUAGGGAUGUGCAGGUGAACCUGUGUUACUUGUGCCAGACAUGUACCUUUCUGCUUCAUAGUCCGAAAGUGCUUCAGCACUAUCUACAGGUGAAGAAUGGAGAUUCUCUUCCGCCUGCAAUUCUUCCUCGGCAGCCCAAACCAGCUCAGACGCCAACAAAGCAGCAAAACACAGAACGAGAUGAAGUGGAACAGCGUGCAAUGCUGAAAGUCCAAUCCAGUUUGCUCAGGAUUCUGAGUAAAACAUUAGCAGCUAUACGACACUUUACUCCUGAUCUGUGCCAGAUACUGCUAGACCAGUCCUUAGAUCUGGCUGAAUAUGAUAUGCUCUUCGUCCUGAGCUUUACUACUCCAGCAUUUGAUUCUGAUGUUGCUCCAUCAUUUGGAACUCUGCUUGCAACUGUGAAUGUGGUUCUAAACAUGCAGGGCGAGAUUGAUAAGAAGAAGGAACCCAUGUCACUAAAUAUGAUACCUCUAGCUUCAUCUGAAGAGACAAAAUCUUUAAAGGCGCUUUUGAGAUUCACAAUGGAAAACUGUUUCUAUGCAUUGAUUUCACAAGCGGUGAGGUAUCUGAAGGACCCAUCUGUUCAUGCACGGGACAAGCAGAGAAUGAAGCAGGAGCUGAGCUCAGAGCUGAGUACAGUUCUGUCUAGUAUUUCACGGUAUUCUCGACGUGGAGCACCUUCAUCCCCUGCUGCAGCCUUACUGCUGACUCCUCCGAACAAAUCAACCUGCUCCAUGUCCAAGUUGUGUCCUGAAAGUCAGGAACCCUUAAUACAGCUGGUCCAGGCCUUUGUUCGACAGAUCCAGAGAUAACAAGGAGCAA